UACUUUGCUUGGCUAUAUUUUCGGUACUCUACAAUAUUUCGUAGCCAGACUCGGCAAUUUUACUAAUUUCAGUAUGCUCUUUAUAGCUGUGGUGAUUUUGCUACCUAGAUAACAAAUUGGUCUGUUUUGCAAGUGGUCCAUAUUCCACAAUCUCGUAACCGGAGAUUGGAUAUUUCGAACUUUCAACAGCCAAUCAACAAUGCUGAUAUAUUGUUAGACUGUGCUCGUGCAUACACGCACGAGCACCACGACCUGGCACGUUGCAAUUUUAGUAUGUUUCACUUAUUGCCUUUGAUUUUUUGCUUUUAGGUCACCUGUAUCACAAAGAAUGCAGUUCAGAAAAUUAUUGCUUGGCUUGUUUCCACAAUGAGCUUCAGAUACCUUGCGCGGAUGCGCAAACGGGUGCUACUGCUGCGGUCUUCUUUUAAUUAAUUCUGCUUUUCUCUUGGCUAUAUUUUCGGUACUCUACAAUAUUUCGUAGCCAGACUCGGCAAUUUUACUAAUUUCAGUAUGCUCUUUAUAGCUGUGGUGAUUUUGCUACCUAGAUAACAAAUUGGUCUGUUUUGCAAGUGGUCCAUAUUUCACAAUCUCGUAACCGGAGAUUGGAUAUUUCGAACUUUCAACAGCCAAUCAACAAUGCUGAUAUAUUGUUAGACUGUGCUCGUGCAUACACGCACGAGCACCACGACCUGGCCACGUGGUUCGCCACGAACGAAAACAAUUACCAAUGAUAUAUGAUAUUUACGACCAAAAGAGUCAUGUGAUUGUCACUGAGACUGAAUCUUAGACUGAGCAGUGAGCACAUACGAUUUGUCAUACAUAUUUUUUGCUCAAAGGAACCAGCCAGCUUCUCGUGGUAGAUGCAUGCUACUUUAUAUAUCCUCUCCUUCGAAGUAAAUCGUUCGUAAACAGUGGAUUUUACAUUUUAGUCACACGCGAGGCUAUACGCAGAUGGCCAAUGAUAAUGAGCAUUCAUAUCAAAAUGGUGCUGAUGAAAGUCUUCUGCCACCUAAAGUAUUUGCAAACAGUUCAUAUAGUGAAACAAACCAGUUAAAAGUUUACAAGAAAAGAUGGUAUAUCUUGCUUGUGUACUGUAUGAAUGGUGUCUUGCAGAAUGCAAUGUGGAAUACUUGGGGGCCAAUUGAAGCCAGUGCAAGAGCCGUUUAUAAAUGGGAUAGUUAUGUAAUUGACUUACUUGCAGCGUGGGGCAGUAUGACAUAUUGCAUAACAAUGGUACCAUUUGCAUGGGUUAUGGAUGUCAAAGGUUUGCGUGUAACGAUGUUGCUCUCUGCAGGAUUGCAAGUUGUUGGUUCUGUAUUAAGAUCCAUUCCCACGGAUAAUACCCAAGUAUCGACAAUCUUAAUACACUGCGGUCAAAUUAUGGUUGGUUUGGCAGGGCCGGUGGGUAUGGCUGCUCCCCCUCUCUUAUCGUCGACAUGGUUCCCGCCACAUCAGCGCACCACUGCUACAGCAAUCCUGACCGUGGCUGGUUAUGUAGGUACAGCAGGGUCAUUUUUAAUAGGACCUGCAUUCGUUGACGACGUGAAGACGACAGAUAUUCCAAAAGUCGGUGAUAACUAUCGAUUGAAUACAACAGAAGAGGAUAAAUACCAAAAACAAAUCAGCUCUCUCCUAUAUUUUGAAGCAGCUUUGCAAGUGGCUGUGUUUAUUUUAAUUGCCGUAUACUACCCGUCAAGACCGCCCAUCCCUCCAAGUGCUUCUGCAGGAACAGGACGGAUUGAUUUUAAAAAUGGCGCUAAAGCACUUUUUAAAAACUACAAUUUUCUUUUAUUGGCGAUGAUAUAUGGAGCGAGUACGGGUGUUUAUGGAGGUUGGUGCUCUGUUCUGUAUCAAAAUUUAUCAGAUUAUGGGAUAUCAGUUGAUGAGAAAUUUGCGGCAUGGCUGGGAUUUGUCGCCGUCAUAAGUGGCGCUAUCUCGGGUGUUCUAUUUUCAUCAUUCGCCGAUCACUUUUCAGGGCACUUGAAAUCAUUCCUCAUCGUGUUCAUGGCGCUGUCGUUUUUUACAACCGUAUCAAUUUGCUACAUUUUCACCGGCGUUUUUGCAUUUAACAAGAUCGUGGUAUAUGUUAUGUUUGGAUUGAGCGGAUUCUUUUUGAAUGGCACAAUUCCCUUCUUUUUUGAGCUUGGAGUGGAAAUUACAUAUCCAGUAGCUGAGGGCAUUACCUCUGGUGUAACAACGUUCUUUAACAACUUUCUCCAGGCAAUAUUCUUGGUUGUCCCGUUGGGUAAUUUGGGUACAAAAUGGAUGUUGUGGACAACCGUAAUCACCUGUGCUGCUUCAACUGUUCUUUUGCUUUUUGUAAAAGAAGAAUAUAACAGAUCAUCGGUCGACCAACGGGCUAGACGCGGGUCUGAUUAUACACCUGACACAGUUAAUUCAUGAUUAUCUUAUUUUAGAAGCUGGUUCCAUGUAACAUAAUUCGUCGUCAUUCACAUGUCGUAAUUUGUUGUAAUUCGGUUUUCAUGUGUCGGAUUUCGCAUUGCAACGAUUAUUAAACAACGAAUUACGACGUGUGAAUUACGACAAAUUAUGUUAUUAAUAAUUACGACAAACCAGCCUUAACACAACGACGAAUGACAAUAUUCCAAUUAUGUUUUCAAUCAAUGGAAAAAGCUAAAGUCUACUGCUCGGCUUGAAUAAUGACGAUACAUCAAGAAGUAGCCAUGCAGCAUACAGCUGUUUUUCACAUAGCGCAGUCUAGAAAAUUAUACAUAAAUAAAAUAGCAACGAAUUAAAAGAAUUGAAUUUUAAUUGUUAUAACACGCUCUGCACUCAAUGUAUUGAGCACUCUGUGUUCUA